AUGUCACGGGUUCGUUGGCUAAUCCAGUUCCCUUCAAGUCAUGUAACAGAUAUCGAGGGAAAGGAUCUUAAGAGCAUCAUUAUCCAGGAUGGAAUCUUGGGAGGUUUCGAGGAUUUAUCUGGUAAAGAGGUUGAGUUUGUUAGUUCUGCUUCUCAAGAUGCUGAUGCAACUGUGAUCAUACCUUCUCAACAAGAAUCCACAAUAGUUGGGAAGAUUUCACGGCGAGGUUCGUUAGUUCGUUUCCCUAAACCGAAAGAGCUGCUUGAGACAAUGACGGUCGAAACUCAGCAGAAGCUUGUACGAGGAGCAGCGACGAGCUCCUCUCUUACAAACUCUAACCCUGCUCAAAGUAGCCGACGUAAAAGAAAGAAGUCUGAGCCCUCCUCAAGCAAACAUCUAGGCUCAGGCUCUUGAGAUAGGUUUGGUAAGUCCAACAAGAAAGUGAAGUCUGACAAG